CGGUGCGCGCUCCUCACUGAACCCCUUCCUCCGCGGGAGCUGUCGUAGCGCGGACUCGCGCCGGAGGCCAGCGCCGGGCCACGCUCCGGCAGAAACAGCGUUGGGGACUCGACUGCCCGCCGUUCCACACAGGAGCACUGUCUGCGCACAGAGCAGGGAAGUGGAACGUCCCACCAGCGCCUGUGGAAAACUGGGACGUCGGUCAUCACCUCAGCAGCUAGGCGCCGUUCCCCAGACAACGGGCGCGGCGCCUGCGCACAUCGCUCUUGUGCCGCCAGCAUUGCUGGCCGCUUUCCCGAAGCCUGCGCACCUAGCUCCUCCAGCACCUCGGCCCCGCCCACGCGCUGGCGGUCCCUAGAGCGGAAGCUCCCUGAGCGGAAGCGGAAGUGGGCGAGCAGCUGCUGCGGGACUGAAGUCUGAGCGGGCGUUUCUCUGGCCCUGCUGGCGCAUCUCUAGAUCCUGCCAGGAGUCCGGCCAUGGGUGUGAGAGGCUUGCACGGGUUUGUGGGAAGUAGCUGCCCGCAUGUGUGCACGGAGGUGAACUUCCGGGAGCUGGCUGAGCGGCACCGCAGUGAGCACCCAGGCUGCAUCCCCACCAUCGUCGUCGACGCCAUGUGCUGCCUCAGGUACUGGUACACUCCCGAGUCCUGGGUCUGUGGCGGCCAGUGGAAGGAAUACUUCUCUGUCCUGGAAGACUUUGUGCGAACAUUUACCUCUGCUGGCAUCAAGCUGGUGUUCUUCUUCGACGGCAUGGUGGAGCAGGACAAGCGAGACGAGUGGGUGCGGCGGAGACUCAAGAACAGCAGGGAGAUAGCUAGGAUCUUCCGCUACAUCAGGGCACGUGGGGAGCAGCCUGGCAGGAACAUGUUCUUCAUCCCCUCGGGGCUGGCCAUAUUCACACGCUUCGCUCUGAAGACCCUGGGUCAGGACACAAUGUGCUCCCUGCAGGAGGCUGACUACGAGGUGGCCUCUUACGGUCUCCAGAAUAACUGUCUGGGGAUUCUCGGAGAAGACACCGACUACCUGGUUUAUGACACCUGUCCCUACUUCUCCAUCAGUGAGCUCUGCCUGGACAGCCUCACCACCAUCAUGCUCUGCAGGCAGAAGCUCUGUGCGAGCCUGGACCUCGGCCUGCCGGACCUCCCUCUCCUGGCCUGCCUGCUAGGCAAUGACAUAGUCCCAGAGGGCACAUUCGAGACCUUCCGGUACAAGUGCUUGUCUUCCUACACCUCCGUGAGAGAGAACUGUGACAAAAAAGGCAGUGUUGUCUUUGCUGUGGCAGACCACAUAUCUAAAGUUCUUCGCUUACAUCAAGGUGAGAAAAAGCUAGAAGAGAUGUUACCUUUGGGACCAAACAAAGCUCUUUUCUAUAAAGCAAUGGCAUCAUAUCUGUUGCCAGGACAGAAAUCUCCAUGGAUUUCCCAAACACCCAAAUCUGUAACAACUUUGGACAAGCAAGAAGUUCCCAUGAGUUCAGACCCUGAUUCCAAGCAAGAAGUGCCAAUGAAUUUGGAGUCCGAAAUCAAGCAGCAAGUAACCAUGGUUUCAGACACUGAAAUCUUAGAGGUUGCCAGAGCCCAUCACGUGCAGGCAGAGAGCUACCUGGUGUACAGCAUCAUGACCAGCGGGGAGGUCGAGUGCAGCAACACCCUAGAGGAUGCGCUGGACCAGGCCCUGCCCAGCCAGGCCUUCGUGUACCGCCCGGUGCGGCAGCGCGUCUACUCCCUCCUGCUGGCGGAUGGCCAAGGUGGUGCUGGCAGCUGCCCCCCUGUCCGGGAGUGGUUUGUCUACGCGGGGAACUCCCUGAGACACCCGGACCUGGUCAGGCCUCUGCAGAUGAGCAUCCCAGGGGGCACACCUAGUCUGAAGCAGCUGUGGCUGAGCCAGGAGCCUGGGACCCAAGCGCGGCGCGUGGACGUGCUCCUCGCCUGCCUCGACCUCUCCUCCUCCAGGGAAGAGCUGCAAGCCUUGGAGAGCCCCUUCCGGAUGCUGUGCUGCCUCCUCAUCUACCUGUUCGUGCAGGUAGACACGCUGUGCCUGGAGGACCUGCACGCUUUCAUUGCUCAGGCCUUGUGCCUCCAAGGAAAGUCGGCUGGGCAGCUCGCAGACUUGCAGCUUGAUUAUGUCGACCCCCGAGCCGUGCAGCUGGGCUCCCUGCUGGUCCGCGGCCUGACCACACUGGUGCUGGUCAACAGUGCCUGCGGCUUCCCCUGGAGGACAAGCGAGCUCAUGCCCUGGAACGUGUUUGAUGGGAAGCUGUUUCACGAGAAGUACCUGCAGUCUGGAAAAGGUUUCUCCGUGGAGGCCCUGGUGGAGCAGAACAGGUCUCGGCUCACCAGGUUCCACCAGCUGAAGUCCGCCGUGUGCAAGGCCUGCCUGGGGGAGGGCCGGCACAUUGUCAGCCAGCAGCUCUGGAGGCCCCACCACGCAGGGAGAUGGGGAAGACAGGGACCCAGCUCCCACAGGAUGAGCUCCGGGCAUAGCCGGUCCAGCCAAGGACAGCACUGGAGAGACCAGGGCUCAGGAAGCAGACACCACGAGACUGACCCCUGGAGAAGACACACACCGUCCUCUGGACUACCCGGCGACCCCCAUGAUAACCAUUUCCCGUCGUGACAUCCCGGUUCCAGCUGGUUGGUGGACCUUUGUGUUCAGGACGCUCUCCUGUGCUGCUCAGUGGGCACCACUUUUCCACGUUGGAGAGACCAGUGGGGUGCGCUGUCUGGAAUCGUGUUUUAUGAAUCAUCUCUGCAGUCGAGUCUUCUGAUGGAAGGUCCCUGUAAAAAUCAGUUUUUAAGUGAAAAUAAAACAGUGUCUUUACCACUCAAAAUUAAACAUAACUUCACAGUUCUUUGAUCACUUAGACAGCACAUCACCCCCCAGUAUGCUGGGAUCUUUGUGAAGAAAACCGUGUGGAGUGUGGUCCCCUGUGUUGCCCACACCUGCUGCGAUGCUCACGUGAUGUCACUCCUCCGUUCUGGUGGCAGCUCGUGCCCUGGGUUUGCUGAGCUCUCCUGCAUCCAGGGCGUGAGCACCAGUGACCGUGGCGUGUGACCCUCUCCUGGGCUGUGGGGUUUGUGUGUGAGGGCUGUUUGUCGGGGUCUUGGCCUGCACCGUCCUUUCCUUUCAGAGUCCUUGUCUGGCUCAGGUAUCGGGGUGAUGCUGGCCUUGUGGCAGGAGUUUGGAAGCGUCCUUCUCCUUGAGUUUUUUGGACUACUUCAAGGUUUGGCGUGACAUUUUUUUUAAUGUUUGGUAGAAUCUGGUCCUGAGCUUUUGUUUUCUGGGAGGUUUUUGAUCACUGGUCAAGCUCCUGUCUCACAGACUGGUCUGUUCAGACUUUGUUUCUUUGUGACUCAGUCUUGAAAGGUUGUAUGUUUCUAGGGACACGCCCGUGUCUUCCAGGUGCCCGGUGGCUGGUGUGUGACUGUUCCCUCAGGAUCCUUUGUAUUUCUGCUACUCGCUGUGAUGCCCCCUUUUCUGUUCGUAAUUUUAUUUAUUUGAGUCAUCUCUCUUCUUCUCUUGGUUAGUUUGUCAAUUUUGCAUAUCUUUUCAAAAGACUAACUUAGUUUUCUUGAUCUUUUUUUAUUGUCCUUGUCUGUGUAUUACUAAUUCCUGCUCUCACCUUUAUUAUUUCCUUCGUUCUGCUGUCUUUGGGCUUCGCCUGUUCUUUCUCUAGGUCUUUGAGGGGCAGAGUUAGGUUGUGCGUUUGAGAUCAUCCUUUUCUUUGAAUGUAGGUGCUUACCGCUACAGACGUCCCUCUUAGAACUGCCUCCUGUGGGGUUUUGUGUGUUGUGUGUCCAUUUCUCUUUGUCUAGACAUACUUUCUAAUUUCCUUUUUAUUUCUUCCUUGACCCAUUAGUUCUUUAAGAUCAUGUUGUUUUAUCCCCACAGAUUUGUGAGGUCUCCAGUUCUCCUCUAGUUUCAUAGCUCUGUCACCAGAAAAUACGCUUGACAUGACUUAAGCCUUAUUAACUCUUCCAGGCUCCUGUGCUGCCCCACACGCGCCCUGUCUUGGGGCACCGUGUGUGCUCGGGAAGAUGUGUGUCCUGCCACCUGCUGGGCAACACGGCUGCAGCACAGCCCCCUCUGAGGCGUCCACCCUGUCGCUUGGACAGUUGUCACUUGCCCCUCGCGGAGCCCUCUGAGGCCUGCGUGGAUCUUCAGCACUCACACUUCUUUGCUUUCAUCACAGAAAACUCUUUCGGGGCCAGAGUCCCCAGCCAGAGUAGCAUUCCAGUGCAGGAGGAAAAGGUCACACGUUUUCAGGAGUCAGGAAACUUCGGCCUGCAGACCCUUCCAGAAGAAAACACUCCAGCAGGAUGGGCCUGCCAUCGCAGCAGAACGCACAGCCUCACUGACGUCCCAAAGGGGGAAGGGAGGGUAAAGAGUGUUUUAAGAAAUAAUGGCUGACAAGUUUCCCAAAUUUGAUUAAAGACAUGAACCUACAGAUCCAGGAAGCUCAACCAGCUCCAGCUACGAUGAGCUCAGCCCACAGGACACACUGCAACCCAGUCCUCGGGGACUGGAGACUGAGAUGGGGUCUUCAGGACGCUCAAGGGAAGUGGCUCCUUAAAGGCAG